AUGGCUGAACCGAUUCGAAGACCUGAUCAAAUAUCCCCUAGAUCUAGUCCCCGGGACAGGGGAUCGAGGUCUCCAGCAUGCCCCAGACCGGACUCCACAGGCACCUUAAAGACAACUAUAAGUUUGGGGAAGAAUCCCUCUGUUAAACACACAGGACCCUUUUAUUGCCUGAAAGAUAUACCUGAACAAUCUGAGAUUACUGGUAGCACUAAUUUAUUACACCACUAUGGACUGGAACAUUCAUACAAUAAAUUCUGUGGAAAGAAAGUCAAAGAAGAAUUGAGUGCAUUUUUACCUCAUUUACCUGGUAAUAUAGACAUACCUGGUGUCCAGGAUAAUAGUUCAUUACGUUUAUUGAUUGAGAAACCACCUAUAAUUGGUAAAGAAUUGACUCAGUUAUCAGGAUUAUCUUUAGCAGGCUUUAGAUUACAUCCUGGUCCUUUACCAGAGCAGUACAGAAUGUUACAUCAAUUACCAUCCAAGAAAAAGAAACAUAAAAAACACAAGAAAGAAGGAGAGAAGACGAAUGCUUUAUCUGAAGCACAGAGUAAGUUUAAAUAG